AAGAAGAAGACAAUUUGACGUUUAUAUUCUAUCAAAAACAAUAAUUAGGACGAUAUUUGUGGUAUAUUUAGCUUCAUAUUUGGUUGAAGAGGAAAUUCACAUUAAAAUAGUUAAAAUUCAAUCAAAGCACCUGUUUUUGAAAGGAAAAUGUCAAGUUCAGCUGCAGGGCAAUGGGUAAAAUUCUUCAAUGCUUCCGGCAUACCGUCCCCUGCCGCGGCAACGUAUGCCCACAUUUUUGUAGAAAACAGAAUUCAGAAUGACAUGUUAAUGGAUCUAAAUAAAGAGUAUUUACGAGAAAUGGGAAUAACGCCUAUGGGAGACAUAAUUGCAAUAUUAAGGCAUGCAAAGAAUGUGAGUGAUCAAACAGCCCGCGAGAAAGUAUUGAACACAGAGGUGCCUGUGGCAACAGUUGCAGCUAAUCCCGCCCUGCCAUUGGAGAAAAAUAAAAUCCGGCUAAGACCAUCGUCAACCAUAUCUACUACCACAUCAUCAGCGGUUGUUGCCCCUCUUCCUCCCGUUAAACCAAGAAGGGUAUUACCAGAGCAUGAAGGUAAAUAUAAGAUCAAGCUACCAUCAGGGACAACGGAGCGAAGCAAACAGAUAUUGGCCAAACAAGCCAAAUUAUAUUCUGACAGAGAAGCUGCCAAAGAGAAACCCACUAUAUUCAAAAGACUUGCCAUUAAUUCUAAGGACACCAUAGAAAUUGACGAAGAAACAUCGACAACAUCAUCAUCGACAAGCUCAGAUAAUGUCAAAGUAAGAAUCACUGGCUUGGGAAGUAAAUCACAAACAUCAUCAUCUAUAUUUUCCCGUUUGGGUGGUAAAGAAGAAGAUGUGGCUGCAGUUACAAAGCAAAUAAAACCUAUACUAAAGAACACGGCCAAGAAUAGACUCUCAACAAUAGUCAAAGCAAAAACAGUCGCCACAGUUCCAACUGUUGUUAAACCUAUCAAACAAAAAGUAUUUUUGGUUAAAAAGGUUCCCCUUAAAGAUGACUCAGAUAAUGACAACCAUCAUAGCCCAGAUGUAUCAGACGAGGAGAUGUUUGAUAAUGAAAUGGACACUUCCGGAGGAAGUGAGAAAUUUGUAAAGUUUGCUUCUACCGCUGAAGUUAGAGAAUUUGCAUCACGGCGAUAUAGUUCACCAACGAAGAAAACGUUUAAUGCACGCCAAGAUAUGAUGAAAGAGAAACCAGUUAAAGCAAGAUUGGGUUUAAAUUCCAAACUGCACACAGUAAAAAAACCUGUGAACUUUAAAGCAUCGCCGCCAUCUAAAGUAAAAGCUUUACCCAAGAUGAAGGCGGACUUAAGUCGACGGGAUAUUCCCGUUCACAAACGUUUGGGAAAUAUGUCAUCUGUGAAGUCCUCAAGCCCUACAUCAUCAGUAUCCGCAAUCUCAAAACGUUUAGGAAAAGUACACGUAGCUAGCUCAACAAUCACUCAGGCGAAAGGCACAAAAGCAUCUGUCUUCGACCGACUGGGAUUUAAUAGCUAAGCAAAUGUCACAAAGGCUGCAGUCACUUAAAACGAAAUGCAAACAUCAAUCAGUUGUUUGUGUGGUUUUAUAGUUUAUGAUUUUUAUAAAAUUUUAUGUUUAACUAUUACACAUUGUUACUUUUGUGUAUAGAAGGAAAGCUAAAUAACUAAUUUAUAUUUAAUAAAAUGCAAAUUAAAAUUCUCA